GAAUAAUUUCCAAUAUUUCAGUUUAUUUGUUAGCUAUGGAAUUGAAAGUUGAAACUAAGGAAGAGUUUGUGGAAUAUAAGGAAAGAUGUGUAGGGAGUCAGUUGUACACUUCAACAUGUAUUGGAGGUUUGAAGAAUGAACCAGGAAAUACAUCAGCAAUGGAAGUAAAACCUGAAAUUAAGGAAGAAUUUGUUCAAGAUGACCAAGAAUAUGUAGAGAGUCAGUUAUUUACAUCCAUAGAUAUUAGAGAAUUGAAGAGUGAAAUAGAUGAAGAUAACUCAGGUUUUUCCCAGAAGAUAUUGUUGGAAAUGGAUAUUAUGAGAGCAUUACCUGAACAUUCAUGCAAUAAAGAACAGCACAUAAGCCCGAACUCUGGAGAAACAAAUUUAAAUAAUUCUAUUUGUUUUAAACAUCGCUCUCAAAAACAUAAGUCAAAUAAACAGUUGGAAGUUCUGAACGAAAAACGAGUUUUCAAAUGUGAAAUUUGUUUUAAACAGUUUAGUAUGUCACGUUAUUUGAAACAACAUAUAAUAACGCACAGUGAAGAAAAACCUUACAAGUGCGAAAUUUGUUUUAAGCAGUUUCCACGACUAGGUGAUAUGACAAAGCAUAUGAGAUUACACACUGAAGAAAAACGUUACAAGUGUGAAAUUUGUUUCAAGCAAUUUUCCCAGAAAUUUAAUUUGGACAGGCAUUUUAGAACUCAUAGUGGAGAAAAACCUUACCAGUGUGAAAUUUGUCUUACGCAAUUUAGUGAAAGAGGAACUGUGAAAAAGCAUAUGAGAGUGCACACUGUAGAAAAACCUUACCAGUGUGAAAUUUGUUUUAAGCACUUUAGUGAAAUAGGAAGUUUCAAAAAUCAUUUAAGAGUGCACACUGGAGAAAAAGCUUACCAGUGUGAAAUUUGUUUAAAGCAGUUUACUCGAGCUUAUGACUUGAAAAUUCAUUUGAGAAUGCACACUGGAGAAAAACAGCAGUGUGAAAUUUGUUGUAAGCAAUUUAGUAAAGCGGGAAGUUUGAAAAACCAUUUAAGAGUGCACACUAAAGGAAAACCUUAGCAGUUUGAUUUUUGUUUUAAGCAAUUUAGUAAAACGGGAACUUUGAAAAAGCAUUUGAGGGUGCACAUUGAAGAAAAAUCUUUCAAAUGUGAAAUUAAUUUUAAAUAAUUUAGUCAAUUGGAAAAUUUGAAAAGGCAUUCGACCAUGCACACUAUAAUCGGUUCACAAUUUGUCGAUUGCUCACAAGUUUAACCCUAAUUAGAGAACUGAAAUACAGAGAGGAUAGGUAAUACGAUAGGUACAAUGAUAAAAACCAACCUGAAACUGACGAUUUAAGAUGUUUUCGACUAACCCACCUUGUAUCUGAAGGAAUACAAUACAGCAGUCAAUCUUAUAAUCCGAUUACUUUGGUUACAGAUGACCGACCAG